GAAGCAUUGUAUAGCGAUCCACUAAGUGAUUGUUGUCUCAGUGGUGAUUUUAAUAUUUUGCAAUUUCUGGAAGAAAACGACGCGACAGUCGAUAGCACGUUGGAGUCGAUUCGGCAAUCUGCCCAAAAUAAUCAACACUGCAACGUUAUAGCAGCCGGUAUGAUGUAUCAGAACCCAGCGAGGUUGCCGGAUAGUCCACCAAUCACGGACAUUAGCGGAGCAGGAUCUUCUGGAUCUCCAAGUUCUACAGUUGAGUCACCGUAUUCACCUCCUGAAACUUACCAAAAUUACCAAAUGGUACACAGUAAUCAGAAUGGCAGCAGUGGUCUUAUACUGGGUGUCCAUCCUGAAAUUCCUGGACAUAUGUUAAUUCCUCAGGAGAUGCUACAUCAAAAUAAUGCUAAUAGUAAUAACAAUAAUGGUAACAGUAAUAAUAGUAAUCGAGUUCUUCAACAUACAUUACCUUCACCUCAGCCCGAUUAUAUUGGUUCUUAUCAGCCUCAGUCUUCUCAAGCUACAGCUAUUUCUCAGGUCUCUCCUCCGUCAGUUAAUAUACGUCAGGUUGCGAACAGUUAUAUCGUGCAAAACAAUGGUUACCAUCAUGUCGAUCCAUAUAGCAAUAUUAUCAAUUCAACAACUAAUGAUGCAAAUCUUGGUCCACAAACAAGUGAUCAACCAUUCAGUCGAAAACGUUUACGUACCGAUCCUUCACCACAUCCACCAACACCACAUAUCAAAAAUGAGCCACAAAAAAUAUAUACUCUUCCGAAUCAGCUCACUGUGGUUCCUUCUCCGGUAACAACAGAUGAUUUUGAAGAUGCAUUUCAUCAGCAAGCCAUAAAGUUUAGUCGCUUUAACGAAGAUCAUUGGGCUACAUUGUAUGAUAUAAAUCAAAGACCUCUACAUCAAUUAGAAAUGCAUGUUGUUGCAGAUAAAGGAUUCAAUUAUAGCACUAUGGAUAACUGCUUCGUAAAUCAGAAGAAAAAUCAUUUCCAGAUAUCAGUACAUAUCGAGGCGAUUGAUAAUCAUCCUCCAAAUUAUGUCAAAAUUGGGAAUGAGCUGAGAGUUAUCAGUGAAUUUAAAUUGGCAUUUUGUGGUGUUAAAAGUGAAAUGCCUUCAUCAGAAAUUCAAAUAAAACAAUCAACCACUGAUCGACGGCCUGUACCACAUGAUCCUGUUUCACUUGAAAUUCAUGAAAGACGCAUGACGAAGGUUACUGUACCUCGGCUACAUUUUUCUGAAACUACGAUGAAUAAUCAACGAAAGAAUGGUCGGCCAAAUCCUGAUCAGAAAUUCUUUCUUCUUGUGGUUCGCCUUAUUGCAUGUUCGACAGAUGGGCAUGAAGCCAUUGUGCAGGCCUAUCAAUCUGAGAAAGUUAUCGUUCGAGCUUCAAAUCCAGGCCAAUUUGAGCCUCCAGAUUCUGAUGCAACAUGGCAGAAAAAUGGAUCAACACUUUAUUAUAACAAUGGAUCCGUAGCAAUAGGAACUGAUCGAGCUUUGGCUCCACUUACCGUCGGCGGGGAUAUUUACUGUUCAGGUGUUGUUCAUAGGCCUUCUGAUCGACGAAUAAAAGAGGCAAUUCACGAGGUCGAUACGAAAGACGCUAUGUCACGUCUAUCGCAAAUUCGUGUUGUAGGUUAUUCAUAUAAACCCGAAAUCGCGGUUCAGUGGGGUUUAUCAGAAGAAAAUCGUCAUCGUGUUGGUGUAAUUGCUCAAGAAUUAGCAGAGAUUCUUCCUGAUGCAGUUACAGAUAAUGGUGAUUUCUUGCAGGUUGAUGAUUCUCGAAUAUUUUACGAAACAGUUGCUGCUGCAACUGAACUUUGCCGUUUAACUGGUAAUUUAGAACAUAAAAUAGAAGCUGUUGAAAAAUUAUCUCAUAAACUAGCUAAGCUUCAUCGUCGAAAGUUCAAAGAUGUUGGCAGUCUUGCAAGUGGUCUUAGUGAAUUCGGCAUUGGAGAUAAGAGUUUUAUGUCAUCACGCACUUCUCUUGAAUCAUCUGCGCCUUCUUGUAUUUCUCGUGAUAAAAAGUGCUAUAGGAGUGAUCGGGAAAGAUCUGGUCAAAGAAAUCUACACUGUAAAAAUCCUGCAUGUCAGCAAUAUGAUUCAUUUUUGUGCAAUUCGAAAUUUACUCAUGCUACCAUUUUAUCACUCGUCGUUGUCAUGGCUGUUUGUUUAAUUGCAAUGUCUACAUUAUAUGUACUUGACUGGCAUCAUCGAACAUUUGGUUAUAUGAAUAAUUUUCAAUUAACUAGUGAAACACCACAACCGGAGCAAAAAAUUGGUAAUAUUGUGCAAGUUAAUCAUGGACACUGGAUUCCACCUAUACAGCCUAAUGCGCCACCGAUUACUGUCAAUUGUGAUCUUUCUUCUUGUCAUACGUACUGUUGUACUGACGCUGAUGAAUUUUAUGCUGCAAAUGAAUAUCAUAAGGGGAUCGUUAACACGAAUUUCAAUUUGCCCAUAUAUCAAUCUGGCCUUAUACCUCGUUUACCGAUCAAAACGAUGCCUACGGCUAUACAGUCUCCUCUAGCGUCUGGUGUUAAUAUCGAAGUCUUAACUGUUAAUAAUUUUACAAUUGAUGAGCGGUACUGCAUAGAAGAUAGCUGCAAACCGCGUCGAGGCCUCUAUACUUUGUAUGUUCCUGUAUCUCCACUUAUGCCUACUGUUCCACUAGAGAUAAAAAUAAACACUGCGGACGACAAAAGUUACGUGGACAGCUGUGGGACUCUUAGAGAUUUCGCGCAUAAAGCUUGCACCUUGUACCACCAUUCAACAAGAUUUGAUCCAAACAAAAUAUCAAAUUCGAGAAAAAUAACGGACGAUAUUUUUGAGAUAUCGGUAGGUGAUUUUAUGCAAAGUGCAUAUCGCUUUCGUAUCGGUUAUAGUACAGAAUCAUGUAGUAUGAGUGAAUCGCAACGAGGAAGAAGUUUUGAUGAAUAUAACAUUGUAUUUUAUCGUCAGUGUCAAAAGUCGGAGUAA